AAAUCGAAGGUACCUGCCCCCGGCGUGGAGGAUGAGCCACUGCUGAGAGAAAACCCCCGCCGCUUUGUCAUCUUUCCCAUCGAGUACCACGACAUCUGGCAGAUGUACAAGAAAGCCGAGGCUUCCUUUUGGACCGCCGAGGAGGUGGAUCUUUCCAAGGACAUCCAGCACUGGGAAGCCCUGAAGCCUGAGGAGAGAUACUUCAUAUCCCAUGUUCUGGCUUUCUUUGCAGCAAGUGAUGGCAUCGUAAAUGAAAACUUGGUGGAGCGAUUUAGCCAAGAAGUUCAGAUAACAGAAGCCCGCUGUUUCUAUGGCUUCCAAAUUGCCAUGGAAAACAUACAUUCUGAAAUGUAUAGUCUCCUUAUUGACACUUACAUUAAAGAUUCCAAAGAAAGGGAAUUUCUCUUCAAUGCCAUUGAAACCAUGCCUUGUGUCAAGAAGAAGGCAGAUUGGGCCUUGCGUUGGAUUGGGGACAAAGAGGCUACCUAUGGAGAACGUGUUGUAGCCUUUGCAGCAGUAGAAGGAAUCUUCUUUUCUGGCUCGUUUGCAUCAAUAUUCUGGCUCAAGAAACGAGGACUGAUGCCCGGCCUCACAUUUUCUAAUGAACUGAUUAGCAGAGAUGAGGGUUUACACUGUGACUUUGCCUGCCUGAUGUUUAAACAUCUGCUACACAAACCGUCGGAGCAGAGAGUGCAAGAAAUCAUUGUCAAUGCUGUCAGGAUAGAACAGGAGUUCCUCACAGAGGCCUUGCCUGUGAAGCUCAUUGGGAUGAACUGCACUUUGAUGAAGCAGUACAUUGAGUUUGUGGCUGAUAGACUUAUGCUGGAACUGGGAUUUAGCAAGGUUUUCAGAGUAGAAAAUCCAUUUGACUUUAUGGAGAAUAUUUCACUGGAAGGAAAGACUAACUUCUUUGAGAAGAGAGUAGGCGAGUAUCAGAGGAUGGGAGUGAUGUCAAGUCCAACCGAGAAUUCUUUUACCUUGGAUGCGGACUUCUAAGGGAACUGGAGGUGCUCUUAAAUUGCUGAUUUUUUUUUUUCCCCUUCUCAUCAAAACGAAAAUCAGCAAAUGUAUAUCAACCAGCUACACCAUAAUUGUCCAUAAAGUUCACUAACGGCAUCUUUUACACUGUGUAGCUACCUCAGAAUCAAUCCUGUUAGACUGGUGGUAUCCCCUAGGAAGGAGGAUACUUAAGAUGAGCAACUGAGAAUUUACGAAAGACCUUGUCCACAUUUGGUUUUUGCAAGCAGGCUGGCUGGCUGACUUCAUUGUACAGGGUGUGGCAAUCUUGGCUUUACAGCAGGACCCAGCAGGAUCGAACAUUCAGUUAACUAUCACAAGCAGUUAAAAGAUGUCGGCCUCACUGCCUCACAGCAGACAUUGGUUUACUUAACUAGUUAAACUGGCACUUUCCACACAAAUAAACAUUGUACUGAUUUGUUUUCUACACACAACACAAAGUAUUCUGUUUACCACUAAUGGGAGCCAAUUUAAAAUGUAAGUGACGAUUUAGACUUUGGUAGACGAAGCAUGUAAUUUCCAAGUUUUAUUUUCUUUAAUGAACUGAAAUACUCUGUAAUCACUUUAAAGUCAGUCUUGUGCAUACCUUGAUAUUAGUUUGUUGGUGCCACACAGGAGAUAGAUUAUGUUUUUAUCCUGUAACCUAGGUGGCAAAUCAUGGGGUCUGUGCCUCUGCUGAGGUCAAAUAUUGUGGAAUAAGAGAUGAAGAGGAAUCUUUCAGGGUAAGCAGCUUCUAACUUAAGUCAUUAGGAACUGAGGCUUGAUCAGUCCUGGCUGCCAGGGCCCUGGGUCUAAAGAUGUGUGGAGCAGUAUCAUUUCAUUUCUUAAGUUGUGUUUUCCCUAGCUUU